AUGGUUGCGCGCGGACUGGUGCUCCUGCCUUCUCGAGAGCGCACGUGGCGCCCGCCCCGCUACGAAUGCGACCCUCGCCCCCCCCGCGCCGCCCGCCUCACCAGAUGCGGGGCCACAUGCGUCGCCGUGCCGUGUGCUUGCUACGGCCUGCUGCCUCAGCAACCCUCCAGUGCUUACAAUGAUAUAGCUAGUUAUCACAGUUGCUCCUUCCGAAAUCCUCCGUGUCCUCGAUUGGCAUUGGCCAAAAAAUUUAUGUAA